GGCUUCGGUUUCUUCUGUAGAAUCAGAAGAUGCUUCUCCCCUCACUAAGGUCGCAUCUGAGUCAGGAAUAAUUGUUGGUUGUAUUGCACUUUUUUUUUUUCUAAAGUAAACCUCUGUAGAUCGGAAUGGCCAGAUGGCGCAUACAAGUCUCAGUUAUGGAAAAUAUCCUCAGGAGGUACUUUGAGGUCAUCUAAUCUAUGCCUCUGCCCAAAGGCAGGAUCAGCUGUGCUUGUGCCUUUCCUGUGACAGCUAUUUCUCCAUCCUGCUCCUUGGGACCUGCGGUGGCGCCUCCAUGCUUUCCUGCAAUGCAGGAAAGACCCCAGUGUCCAGCUUCAGUUUCCUUUGCUGUAACUCAUUUGUCCAUGGUGGACAACCCACAGAGGGAUCAGGGAAGAGAAUGUAGAACUCCUUGAGCAAAUGCAGGUAGUUGUUAAGUGGCAGUUUGUAAGGGUUUGAUCUCUUUCCCUCCUCCACCUGAGUUCUGUAAGGAGCAAACCAUACAAAACGUGGCUAACUUGUCUGUAUGGUUGGAGGUCAGCAGCAGCGUGGGAGGGAUGGGGUAAGUAGGCUGUGCUACAUCUCCGGAUGGUGGUACGACUGCAAAGUGAGGAUAAAGUUGCUCGGAUAAACACACAGCGAUGAGGUUAUGAAAAGAGCUGAUGAGCCACUAAAGGAAUGCUUUGGAAAGUUCAGAGAAGAGCCAAGCACAUCAAGAUGGCUUCUGUAAAACAUCUGUGUUCAGGGUGAUCGCUGGUGUUAGGCAAAAGUGUUAACAAAGCUUUGGCACGUGUCUGAGCGCAAGCAUUGUCCCUUCCUGUUCAGGACACCCGGGGUUUAAUUCAGUGCUUUAAGCAGACAUUAGUGCUGUUUGUGGCAUCCCAGUGGGGCUGGCAGAGAAUCAGAGAAUAGAAUAGUACCGAAGGGAGAUACGUGCCUUUCUGAAGCGAUGGCAGAGGCUCUGGUGAUGGUUUGGAGCACUUUAGAUGUCCCUAUUCCCUAUCCACAUACAUUUAAGCAACCUGCUCAAACCCCAUCACUUUAUUUUGACAUGCUCUGGAGAACGGUUGCUUUUCCAUCAUUGGGCCUAUUAGUUGACUAAUUAAGGAAAAAAAAAUGGUAGAAUAAAAUACGACAAAUCUGACAGAAAUUAUAUGUAAAUGCCAUCACAAAAGAUAUACAAGAGCAGGAGUACUGAAACCUCCUUGCUCUCAAAGCAGCAAUAAAUCCAGUGCCAGGAAGGCCAGGCUUGAAACUUUGUUUUGAGGCUAUUGCUGGUGUUAUUUUUAAUUUUAUCUAUCUCCAUAUGUUUUGAAAAGUUACACAUUUCAAGCCCAAAUAAAAUAAGUAAUUUUCUACAACUACAGCAGUGGAAGGCAGGAUUUGAAAAGAAAUGACAGCUACAAGAUGGAUCGUGUUUAUCUUAGGUGAUAGGUCAGAGGUUGCAUGCAGCAGGCUUAUCGCUAUCUGACAGGUAACAAGAUAAAGGCCAGGUGUUACAUGGGGAUGUGGAAAGACCUAAAAACAGGAAUACUGAAUACUUUCCAUGGCAUUUUUAGGGAACAUUUGCAAACAAUGCAUCUGAGACAAUGGAAAAGUUAGCGGGGGGUGAAACUUCUUGCAGAGAUGGUUUGAGCCAGGGACAGGGGGAGGGAAAGGCUCUCUUGUACAGAGGAUGAGGGAAUCUUCCUGUCCCUCGCUGCCUCAAGGAGAGGAAAGGGGGGUUUUCCUGCAGCUUUGGAGACGUGACGAAUGACAUGCUGGGCUUCUGUCUGUACGUUGAUUAGCAUUUGUGAUUACACUCAGAUCCAGGGUGGAAGGCACUCAGCUGUUCUCAGGAGGCCUCCGGUACUUGCAGAUUGGGGCUGUUUUAUCUGCCAGCCGGCUGAGAUACAGCGCUCCCUGCCUCCUGUCACAGGGACACUUGUGGCUCCUUGUUCAGCAGCUCCUCAAGGAGGGCAGGAGAGGGACCGUUCUCUCAGCUGAGCCUGAGCCAGCGCCAGCUGGGGGUCAUGUCUGCAUAUCUCUCUGCACCAGAGUCCUCGUGCAUCUGAGAAACUAUAGAAGAAGUUGAAUGUUUGCUUCAGCUGAAGAGAACGUUUCCCAAGUCCUGGGCAGAAAAAGGGAAAAAGAGAACCAGAGGAUGGUGUGUAUGACAGGAAGCCAUGACUAGCAGCGUGAUUGUCAACAGGAAACAAAAAUUCACAGCCGAUGUGACGCCACCAUCCAGCACACUUGCUGUGUCGUGUUGCCUGCCGGACUUUGUGGCCUGGGAAGCAGUGUUUGUCUACGUGAGGUAUUCUCCUGUCCAUUCAUCUGCUGGAGUUUGAAUUACUCUACAUCUGGUUAAUCUACUUGGCUGGAGUUGGCAGGCCCCGUUUUCUUUACACCUGCUCCUGCCAAGAUCUUCAGCCGCCAUGUGGAGAAAGGUGUGAGGGUGAGCCACCCUCGCUGGCUGGCAGCUGAGUGCUCCUCAGACCCCGGACAGCUUUGAGGUGUCUUGGCUGUUCAGUGCUCUGCAGAUAUGAACGCUGAGCUUUUCUGGCACGUUCUCACGUUGGCCUGGUCGCUCUCACCAUGCUAGUACAUGGGAAAGAAGACUUCCUCUCAGACAUAGCUUACAUCAUCCUGGAACUGGUCAUUGCGGUGCUGGCCAUCCUGGGCAACAUCCUGGUCUGCUGGGCAGUCUAUUUGAAUAGCAACCUGCAGAACGUCACCAACUACUUCGUGGUGUCCCUGGCUGCUGCUGACAUUGCGGUGGGAGUGCUGGCAAUCCCCUUUGCCAUCACCAUCAGCACUGGCUUCUGUGCCUUCUUCUAUGGCUGCCUCUUCAUUGCCUGCUUCGUCCUGGUCUUGACUCAGAGCUCCAUCUUCAGCCUCCUUGCUAUCGCCAUCGACAGAAUCAUUGCGAUCCGCAUACCCCUCAGGUACAAUGGCUUGGUGACUGGCUCUCGAGCCAAAGGUAUCAUUGCCAUCUGCUGGGUAUUAUCUUUCAUCAUUGGCUUGACACCCAUGCUAGGGUGGCACAAGCGCUCCCAGAUUGAAGAGCUGGGUACUAAUAAGUCCUCUCCCAUCAACUGCAGCAACAGUAUGGUGGUGUGCCUAUUUGAGGCGGUGGUCACCAUGGAGUACAUGGUCUACUACAACUUCUUUGCCUGUGUAUUGUUGCCCCUCCUCCUCAUGUUUGGUAUCUACUUGAAAAUCUUCAUGGCAGCCCGGCGACAGCUCAAGCAGAUGGAGAACAAGAUGGUACACGGGGAGCGCUCACGCUCCACUUUGCAGAAGGAAGUCCACGCGGCCAAGUCUUUAGCCAUCAUUGUUGGAUUGUUUGCAGUCUGUUGGCUUCCACUACAUAUUAUUAACUGUUUUACCCUUUUUUGCCCUAAUUGUGCCCAUGCUCCCCUCUGGUUGAUGUAUUUGGCCAUUAUCCUGUCCCAUGCCAACUCAGUGGUAAAUCCUCUUAUUUAUGCCUACCGGAUCAGGGAGUUCCGAUACACCUUCCGCAAAAUCAUCAGCCAGCAUAUCCUGGGCAGGAAGGAGCAGUUCAAGGCAGGAACGGCCAGCAUUAGGACUUCCACCCACGGCGGGGAUGGCGAGAAUGCCAGUAUACGAAUCAGUGAGUAUGCACUGGAGGUAUACACCAAUGGAGAGAUUCACAGGGAUCCUGAAAAGCAGGACUUGAACAAAUGCAAAGCUGUCUUGGAAUGGCACCAGAAUGGGAAUGCUCUGGACAUGGAGACAAAUGGGCAUCUCCCACAUUCCUGCAGAAAUGGAAUUCUCUCAGAUGCAUGCAUGAACAGAGAGCUUCACAGCGAAGAGCUAAUUGAUGCCCAGGUGUCUUACUCGGAUCUAGAAAGCACAGCCUUCGCAGCAGCUGAUGUUUCCUGAUGAGUCCUUCAAAGUCUUCCUGGUAGAAUUAUUUUAUUUUCCGUUGGUGGCCUCUGCCAUGGCAGAAAAGGAGUCUGGGGGGCGGGGGGAGAGGUGUGUAUUCAGAUUGCUGUGGAGAAAGGGGUCCUUACCCAGGACUCUUGGGAUGACCCUAAAUACUAGACUGGAGAAAAGCCAAGAGACCAUCGAAGUGGACUAAGAAAGGAGGGACAUGCUGCCCAUCACUGACCUGUCAUCAAGAGCAGUGCGAAGGUCAAAGAUGGCAUUCCAAGGUCAACACUGGGAGACUCUCAUGAUGCGGAGCAUAUCAUGACGUUAUGCUGUACUGCGUGUCUGUGGUUGUACAUCAGUUUUGCUGUUAUUACCAACAGAAAUAAAACCAUGGCUGGAAGUAUUCACUUAACUGCAAAGAGCAACAGGGAGGGACCUCCAAUUCUUUGGCCCUGCAACAAAUGGAAGGAGGAUAGCAACAUCUAUUGGUCAGGAAGGAUGCCAGCAGCUAUUUGGAGGAGGAAUUUACCUGAGGGGAACUUUGGAUACCUUCAACCAUGACAUUUUGUCUUUCAGUUUGUGUUUUUAAAGCUUAUACUGCAACAGGUUGCUUGGACAUUUUUUCUUGUCUUGUUUAGAUUCCAUUAUGUUAAGUUAUAAAGAUGGGCAAGAACUCAUAGCCGUUCCCUGAGCGCUCAGUGUUCCAGAUGCACAAGACAAAUAUAACCUCAUAGCUCUCCACUCUGUCAAACAAAUCAUGAAAAACCAAGACCGUAAUGUGGAGUUCCCUUAGCAAAAGGGCUGUUAGCAGGACGCGGUGCUCGACCUUGCAGGGCUGUGUUACCAGGGCUGGUAGUGCCCCGAGGUGGUGUGGGGAGCUAUCAGGUGGGAGGUGUCCGCAGGCUGGUGGGCACUGUCUGGCUACUGCUUUUUCCCUCUGUGUCUAUGCUUGUCCUGGGGUCCUGGAAUGCAAAUUAUCUUUGUGGUCCUAAGUUUUCAUUCUCAUUCAAAAUGCUAUGGGAUGGGGUUUGUUUUCCUUUUUUUUUUGAGGGUGGGGGGUGGAAGGGAUAAGGGGGAGGAAGGCAACGUGGGACGGGACAUACUUAUUACUUACUUCUGGAAUCCCCAUGAGCUCUAUUUGAACACCUUUUCUCCUGUGAUUUCAGUUGCUUCCUGAUGUGCUUUACUGUGAAGCCUGAUGUAUCCCUGCAGUGCAGAGGCCAGCAGAUCUGGGUCUGUCUGAUUAGAAGAUGCUCCUACUCUGAGGAGCUGGCAACAAUCAGUAGUAGUGGAAAUCUGCUCAGAAACUGCAGUAGUCUGUGUAAGAGAGAGAGGCAAACCUGCCGCAGCAAAGGUAUGCACUGAUAAGGUUUGUUGUAGAGCAGUUUCACAGCGGUUUGGUAACUUCCUGUAUCACUUGUUAGCUCUAUCAGUAUCACUUGUAGCUCAAGGAUAGCAGAGAGCCAUGCUAGCUUGUAUUCUACCUAAAUCUUGUUCAGUCUUUGUUUUAAGGACAAAUAUUCCACGCCCAAUGCCACUAGCCUUCUGGGGAGACAGGCAAGUCAUACUAGACAUGGUCCUACAAGAAGGCUAGAAGUCUGGUAAUUCCAGGGAUCUGGACUUUUUCCAUAGCUGAAAACAUCAGAGGUGUCAGCCCACAACCCUGGGUCCUCCUCAUAUCCCUCCACUGAUGUUUCAGAACCCAAAUAGUCUCAUUUGCAGGAAGGAAAGGGGGACUGGAUUUUGAUAUUUGGGGAAGAACACAUUAGGUUUGUGUGUUCUCAUUCCAUGUUUAUUUUAAAAAAUGUGAAGUAUUAGAAUGACAGGCAGUUUUAUUUGAAGAAACUUUUCUUUUUUACCAGUCUGUCUGCAUGAAGGUGGGGAGUAGUUUAGAAUGUUGAAUGUGUUCAAGUACGUAACUGCUCUAGGCUAGCACAAAGCUUACUGUGAGAUGGAUAAAAAGAUGUGGUUGCCACCCCAAUCCUUACCAGGAAGACAGACAAGUAUGAAGAACAAUAGCAUCCACAGUUCAGCUGCUUUCUUGGCACGGCUCUUCCACGUAGUCUUAACGUCAGAGGAGUGGAUUAUCACUCCAGCACCACUAACAAAUACUAAGCUACUUCUCUGUGACUGACGUUGCAGGUAGUUCCUUUGUAGGGUGUUUGGGAUCUUGUUACUCUCGGUCUUGAUGGAAUAUUUCUGUAGGUUGUGUGCAGGAUGACUCCUCUGGCCUCCUGAAACAGCAGCAGAGGAAUUCAGUCAGGAAAAUGGGGGUCUGAACUCUUUGGGCCUCAGCUGGGAGCUGAAAUGUUUCUAAGAAUAACACAAGAUUACAUCCGGUAUUCAUGUCAAUAACAAUUAGGUCCACAAAGAAGCAGAGCAGGGGAGGAAGUGUGGGAAAAUACCAGCAUUGCUCAUGUGCUGGAACACACGCGAGUGCAGAAGUGUCUCCUGUUGAGCUUUAGUUGCCAUUGUAAAGGGAUAUUUUAUGCCACGUUGCAUCAGAUUUUCAACAGCUGAUGUAGGUUGGUUGCUUUCUAUUGUUUCCUGGGCUUCUUCACACUCAAUUAUGGGAGUAGCUUGCUUGCUUGCCACAGGAAUAGAAUUGAACUAUGCUGAUGUGACACACUUAAGAUUGUCUCUCUGGAAAACUUUCCUGCCCAACCGGAUCGCCAUGCAAGCUGACUUUGCGUUUCCAGAUGUCUUGAAAUCAGUUUUUCUCUCACCGAUUGAUGUGCCCCCCAAGAGUGUCCAGUCCCUUUCAAUAGUAGUGAUCUAGAUGUGAAAUGAAAAGGGUAUGUGAAGGGGCCAGGGGAUGUGUGUAGGAGGAAGUGCAGUGGGUGUAAGGAGGCAGCAUGUUCUAUACAGCAUUGGAAGUCUGGUCACAGGAAGGAAGAAUGGCCAAUUGCGCCACAUGCUGUGUGCCUUCUGGCAAACAUAUGUCUGAGAUGGACCUUCAGAAGAUGUUUCCAAAGCAGUUCUUGGAGGGGGAGCAUGAACCUUUUGAACAGAAAUUUUGGAAUUCUUAUUUGUUUCCUAGGGAUCAUGAUUUCAAGGCUUCCAUCCCUUUUUUUAAGAAAAAGAAGUUUUAAAGUCCUAUGAAUGAAGCCUGCUCUUCUCUCCUUCUGCCAGUGCCUUCUAGUCUUAAGAAAAGUACCUCUGCCAAACUACACAGGGCAAGGAUCAUUUUUAAAAGUUAAAUAUUUUUUUCCUAACCUCCCCACUCAUAUCCCGAUUUUCUUCCCAGCUGAAGAUGUAGCUAAUGAAAUAGCUGUUCUCGAUAAGCAGAGACGGUACCAAGAUGAAAGGAAGAAUGAGGUGACCAUCAGGAGAGGCUAGAGAAGAUUUUCUUGGGAAUCCAAGGUGCAGUGGGUCCAAAAAGUAAGAGCUGGUGUAAGAAGAGGCUAAUUUCAUUGAAUUGGAACGUGUUACUAAAAAUGGCUCACAACCCAUAGAGAGAUGUGGUGCCUCGUUCGGUGUGAGGGCAUUCCAUGAAUUUCAGCAUUCCCUUGAGACUCUUAGGCUCCAGGGUUUAUUUGCUUUAUAGGGUUUUGGAGAAAGUAAAAUUCUGAUCAGUUGCCAGGAGUAAUUUUAUCUAGAGUUCUUCUUAGGUCUGUCUUCUCUAUAGGACACUGUUUUUUGUGUGUGCAAAUGCACUUAAAAAACUUGUCCUGCAGUUUCCUUUUGUAUCAGCAGUGUUUCAAAGCUCUGUGCAAGCUUGGACUGCAGCUCUUGAACAGAGCUGAGCAAGAGGAGAAAGAGGCUGAUGCUGGUUUGACAGAGGGCACUAGCAAAGGGGCACGGUAGGACAGGGGGGGUUGCUGUAGACAGAAGGGACUUGUCACUAGUCCCAACUGGUGCUUGCAAGCUUAUUGUGCAGAUGAGCUUGGGGGUUACAUGGAGUAGUCUGAAACUUUAUCGUUCUUUGAACUUUGUAAAGAAGCUCCAGAGGAUGCUGGAGGAUGUAGGAAAGUCUCUAAGGUGUGAGAGCAGACUGGAGUGUUAGGGUUAGAUGGGAAAUCUCGGUGGGAAAGGAGGAUUUGUGGGGUGUGUUUGGGAGGAUUUCAGGGGAGUGGGAAUGUGCUGGGAGGUGCUGGGGAUUGCACAGAUGGUCUCUGGGAAGUGGGGCUGGCAUGAGCCCAGGGCAUGACUUGCUGAGGAAGGACUCUGGAAGUGUUGUGUGGUCUCAUGGCUCCUCAGGAUCAUGGCAGAAAGGGAGGCAGCCUUGGCCCGUUAUCUACAGAGGGUUGACUUUGUCUGGUCUAAAUAUGACUGAGGUAGAGAGAUUUUUUCCUGGAUUAUCUCAUUUUCAGAUGCAUUGUCUCAUUUCAUGAGUGCGUUCAGGUGUAACAAAAGCCCUUCUGCUUCAUGAACAUGAACUGGUAACGCCCCCCUCUCCCCCUCAUCAAUUUAGCUGUGUUUUGUGGGAAGGACAAGCAUGCUGUAACUGCUGUGAUGCAUUAAAUCUGCAUAAUGCUCUCUAGUGGUGUUUGGUAGGCUUAGCUGCCUAAUAGUCAGUUCUCUCCUGAUCUGUUCUGGGCAUCAGACUGCUCUGAGAAAGACCAAGGAGCUUUGUCUUUCUAGCCUUGAGCUUCUGGCCUUCUUUACAGUAAAGCACAUCAAGAGUAACUAAAAUCACACCAGUUCCUUGUUUGCAUGAGAGGUGACUGAACCUAACAGACUGAGAAUCCCCAAAAGGGGACGAUGUUCUGUGUAACUCCCUGUCUGAUUCAUCUGCUGGGACUCUUAACACAAGCAUGCAUUGAAUUCAAGACUGGAACCUGUUGAUCUGAGAACAUCCUUUGCUUCCCUUGUUCUGUCCCAGGAGCUGGUAUUCCUGCCUCCGUCCUGUGGAGCAGUUGUCUCUGUGGUCUGUGAGCCAAGACACUAUGAACACCCUGCUGCACAUGCUGUCACUAGGAAACACUCUUUUAAUUUAAAUGUUUUAUGAAUAUAGUUGUUGUUUUCCCUCUGUUUGUCAGUUACCAGUGGGAGGGGAGGGAAAGGGGUGGGAGAAUCUGUGCAUGCAUAUGUAUUUAAAGUGCAUUGACCAAAAUUGUUUUUUAUUUGUUUGUUUUGAACCUGUGAAAUUUUCAUAUCUGUGAAGUCAUCAGACUGCUGGGCAGUGAGGAGCCACUGGUGCUGCUGAGUCUGUCUUGGUUACAUUUCUUAAUAAGCAUUAAAAUAAAAUAUAUUUGUAAAA